UUAUACUAUAAAUACAGAGGCAUACCCUUGUCGUUGAGGGCAACACCACAACGUAGAGCAAAGCUACGUUGAAGUAUCGGUUUUUUAGCACUUCUUUUACAAAGGAAACGAAAACAAAGCCUGAGGAUGGAUGGGUAUGGCAUGCAAAACCAAAUUGCCUGCAUAAGAAGGUCUCUCUUUGAUCAGGGUUACCUUGACGAGCAAUUCAUCCAGCUAGAGGAGUUACAAGAUGAUGCCAACCCUAAUUUUGUACAAGAAAUUGUCACACUGUUUUACACUGACUCGACUAGAUUGAUUCAGAACAUCGAACUGACACUGAAUAGUAGGCCUAUUAACUUCAGUAAACUUGAUGAUUACAUGCACCAAUUCAAGGGUAGCAGCUCCAGCAUUGGAGCUAAAAAGGUGACCAGUGAAUGCGCAGUGUUCAGACAAUACUGCGCUGCAGGAAAUGCUGAAGCAUGCAUUAGGAAUUUUCAACAUAUCAAGCAAGAGCAUGCAAUCUUGAGGAAGAAGCUCGAAUUUUACUUUCAGAUGAUGGGACAGGCUGCAGUUGCUCAAACAAGAUGAGAGUGCCCUGUAAGUCAGAUGCUGAUGGCGAUAUACUGGCCUUCACUAGAACCAGUUCAUUUCUAUAGAAACUAGGUUUCAUGUUGUAAAUGAAGCAUGAGCAAUAAUGACUUGAAUAUCUAAAUAUUAUCAAUAAUAAGAUGCCAGGUUAUAUA